AUGGAAAAGCAGCGUGCUUUGAUUCUUGAGAAAGUGCUUUUUACUUCAACGAAACCGAAUGAUAACGUUCACCGCUGCGUCGUGGCAAUCGAUGUUUCACACGCGGCGUCGUACCGUCAUGGCCACCAUUCGCAGCUGAAGAUGGACGAUAAGGUGAUGCUGUACAACGUGAUCGAGCCGAUGAUACAAUACGAGGUUUUUUUUUUCAAUGAUGUGAACUAGUUGCUGAAUUUAAGCUUCUUUUCAGUCGGCAGUUGUGGCUAUUUCGGAGAGCCUUGAUGUUAUUGUAUUCAAAUUAAUUGAUAGAACAUUCGAGAACUUUCCCCGCAAUACGGAAACCCUUUACUGCGGAAUGGAGUAUCUUCACACGGCGCGGCUUUUGCGACGUUCACCAAACGUUUGAUCCUCAGUCUGUGCAUUUUGACACGCCGGUGUUGCUCUGCGUACAGUGCAAUUUAUGUUACGCGCAAAGUUCAUUUUUUUUAGUUUUUGAUGAAUUUUCUCCAAAUAUACAUCUCUUUAAAGCGUUUUCUCCACUUUCUAACUCAAUUAGACCUUUUUACAGAUUCCAGGUGAAGUAAUACGCGAAGAGAAGUCAAUGCGGUGAAAAGAAACGCGUAAGUAAGUGAAAGCAAAGUUUUAUUCAGAAAAUGCACGAUUUCUCGAAGAUUUUCUAAUCUUUUAGUUAAAAAACGUUACUUACACUACUGAGAACAUUUUGGAACCAAAAAGAAGUAGAGUCACAGCUCGCUUUCGCGGAAAAACCAAUAGUUUGUCGGAAGACAGUGAAAUUUCGUUGAAAAAAUUUUUUUUUUGCUUCUACGAACUGUCACUCUAAUUUUUUUUGGUUCGAAAACAUUCACAGUCAUGUAAGUGAACUAUUUAAACAAAAAAAGUAAAAAAUCUAGAGACGGUUUUUGAGAAAAAAAUUUUUUUCAACGAAAUAUCACUGUUUUCCGGCAAAAAACCAAUUUUUACGCGAAAGCGAGCUGUCACUCUACUUUUUUUUGAUUCGAAGACAUUCACAGUCAUGUUAGUGAACUUUUUAAAAGAAAAGAUUAGAAGAUCUAGAGAUGUUUUUCGAGAAAUCGUAUAUUUUCUGAAUAAAGCAUUACUUCCAUUUACUUACGCGUUUCUUUUCAUCGCAUCGACUUCUUUUCGCGUAUUACAUCAUCUGGAAUCUGUAAAAAGGUCUAAAUGAGGUAGAAAGCAGAGAAAAACGCUUUAAAGAGAUGAAUAUUUGGAGAAAAUUCAUCAACAACUAAAAAAAAUGAACUUUGCGCGUAACAUAAAAUGCACUGUACGCAGAGUCACACCGACGCGCAAAAAUGCAUACCAUUUGGCUGCGUAUGUUGUGAAAGCCGCGCCGUGCUUCAGUUGGGAGUAAAGCCGCUAUGGAAGCAGGGAAUUAUUUCGGAGCGGAGGAGUAUGUCUAAUUUCUUCACUUUACAAAUGUUAUUUUUUUGAUUCAGGGGGAUUUUACAUUGGAAGUUCGCAUGGUCAAGUGGGAGACUCGGGAUCCGGGAUUUUCGACUGCUCGGGAUUUUUCCUUGGAAUCUCUGUUGCUAAGAAGAGUUUGGCCUUCUCAGAUCGGGAGAACAUGCCAGUUGGAGAAAUCGCGGACCAUCACCCUGAUACCCGGAUCGUCAGUUCCGAAGUUAUCUUCGGUUUCUCGGGACUUGUAGACAAAGAAGUAAGUUGUUUUAUUUUUAGUUAGAGAAUUGGUUUAAUUGUUAUGUUUCAGUUCGAGCCAACCGGGAAAUGUGCGCGUGUCGUGUGA